GAGUCUGGUGCCGCUGAGGCUCCCGCCAAAUACGAGCGGGAGAGGCGGGCGCGCCCCGGUCGCUGCGGCCGCGGGGGGGUCGGGCCUGAGGGAACGGGGCCGCUCCGCCGCAUGGCAGCUAUGGAAUGCAGAGACAAGCCAGUUGUUCCUACAAGAAAAUUAGUGCAAGCUCGGUUGCCUUUCAAGCGUUUGAAUCCAGUACCAAAGGAGAAGUAUGAUGCAGACUUGGAAGUCAAGAAAACUAAAAGCUCACAAAAUGUCUUUGGACAAAAUAACAACUCUUCUCUGGAUACAUCCCACACUUCCAUGGACAAUGUGGAGAAUGACUGCCAGUUGGAUCCAGAAAUGCAUUUUGCUCCAAAACUGGUUAAUGGAAAGGGUCCAUUAGAUGACUUUAUACAGAAAAGUACAAAGAGUAACACAAGUGAAACUGUACUUGUAAUUGACUUGACAGAGGACACUGACCACAGACUAAGUGAUGAAAUUGACCACGGUAAAUUAAAUUUAGAAGCAUCUUCAUCUAUAGAAACAGCUAAUGGAAUCUUAAAAAAAGAUGCAGAUGAGUUAAGUCCAUUAAAACCCCUUCAGAAUACCCGAGUGGAUGCUUCAAUGGACACCAGCUCGCCACGUGAAGCUACAGCAAAUAAGGAUGAAGACUUGACAGAUGCAACCAAAUCUUGUUCUCAGUUAUCAAAUACACCGUGUAAUGAUUUAGAAAAUAAGAGAGCCAAGGAGAGUGAACUCAAGGGGAUCAUAUUGGGGAGAAAGAUGCCUGUUGUAGUCCUAGAGGAUAUCAUGACUGCAAGGUCACCCCAACUUGCAUCUCUAGAAGGAAGUAUGAUGUCAGAAAGUGAAACAAUGGGAUCUUCUUCUCCUGAACGAGACUCUGUACUUACCCUUUCCUCAUUAAGCUCCCCCUCUUCUAUCAGCUCACCUGAGGUGCAUCCUGCCUUAGAGAACAAGAGCGAUACUAGUCCCUUAGCUUCAACGCCUGUUCGGAAGGUCUCUCAGAAAUGUCACAGAAGUUCUGCGGAGAAGGAGAGGCUGAGAUUGCAAAGAGAUCAAGAACGUGCAGACAAACUGCAAAAGUUGCAAGCAGAAAGGGAGGAAAAAGGGAGGCUGAAAGAAGAGGCAAAAGCUGCAAAAGAACGGGCCAAAGAGGAGGCAAAGAAAAAGAAGGAGGAAGAGAAAGAGCUGAAAGAGAAAGAAAGGCGAGAGAAGAAGGAAAAAGAAGAAAAGGAAAAAGCUGAGAAGUUAAGAGUGAAGGAAGAAAAACGCAAGGAGAGGCAGGAAGCUUUAGAGGCAAAACUUGAAGAAAAAAGGAAGAAAGAAGAGGAGAAACGGUUGAAAGAGGAAGAAAAGCGCAUUAAUGCACAGAAAGCAGAAAUUACCAGAUUCUUUCAGAAACCAAAGACGCCACAAGCUCCUAAGACCCUUGCUGGCUCCUGUGGGAAAUUUGCUCCUUUUGAAAUUAAGGAGAACAUGGCUCUUGCCCCCCUCAGUCGUGUUAUCCUUGAGCAAGAGGUUUUAGAUCAAUUGGAUCAGCUUCUGAAAACACCGAAUAGUGAUGUCUGUUUCUUCAAAGAACUGAAGUGUCGCAAGCCACUUAAAAGUAACGCUACCUUUAUCAAUAACAGCAGUGCUGACACAUUUAACAGUGAUGUGGUGGUGGUGGUGGUAGAGAGCUGCCAAAUGGACACUGUUCCUGAAAGGAAGAAAUUUGGCAGGAUGAAACUACUACAGUUCUGUGAGAAUCACCGACCUGCAUACUGGGGCACAUGGAACAAGAAGACCACUGUUAUCCAUCCUAGAAACCCCUGGUCAAAGGACACUAAACUACUGGAUUAUGAGGUAGAUAGUGAUGAAGAAUGGGAAGAGGAGGAACCAGGAGAAUCUCUCUCACACAGUGAAGAAGAUGAUGAGGAAGAGGGAGAAGAUGAAGAUGAUGAUGAUGGGUUUUUUGUACCCCAUGGGUACUUAUCUGAGGAUGAAGGAGUGACAGAAGAGUGUGAUCCAGAGAAUCAGAAGGUCCGUCAAAAGCUGAAAGCAAAGGAGUGGGAUGAAUUGCUGGCCAAGGGGAAGAGGCUCCGGGUCCUUCAGCCUGUGAAGAUUGGUUGCCUCUGGGAAAAUGAACAGAAUGGCUGCAGUACAAAUGCAGACCUAAAGGUGCUUCAGCAGUUCACAACUUGCAUCCUGGAACUACCUGUUGCAGACGAAGAUCUGCAGACACAGAAAACUAGCAAAAAAAGGACGAAAGACCAGCAAAUUCUGAGACAGCUGCUUCCACUGCUCCAUGGAAAUGUAAAUGGGAGUAAAGUGAUCAUCCAGGAAUUCCAGGAAUGCUGUCGCCAAGGUCUGUUCAAUGAAGUGCCCACAGAUGGCAGUGACACUACUCCUGCCAGCCCUAACAGCUCUCGCCCACAAACUCCUGUCAAUGAGGACAGUGCCAUCCCUUCCAAAGCCAGGCUAAAACGAAUUAUUUCCGAGAACUCUGUGUAUGAAAAGAGACCCGAGUACAGGAUGUGUUGGUAUGUCUACUCAGAGGUGCUGAAGAGCUUUGAUCAGGAACAUCUCCCUGUCCCUUGUCGGUGGAACUACACCACGCAAGUCCCAUCUGCAGCCAAGGAGGAUGGUUCCAGCACACAAGGAAUGGCAGUGAUGCAAACCACCCCCGUUUCAACAAAGAGGAAAUCCACAGGAAGCAUGUCCAUCACCAAGUUUAUGAAAAGACCUAGGGAUGCAGAACAGGCUGAAGUUGUGGAAAUGGAUGGAUUCCAGGCAGACACCGAGGAAGAGGAGGAAGAUGAUGACUGCAUGAUUGUGGACAUCCAGCCCAACAAAGAUUCCAAGUCCACAGUUACUGAAACGGCUUUGGAAUUGGAUGGUGCAAUUGGCCCCACGCAGGAGGAUGCUGCAGUCAGCCCACCCAGCGCAGUUUGAGACGUAAUACUUACUAACCCCCCUGUAUGUAUGUAGAAAUCUUUAGGAAACUUUUUAAACUUUGUGUAUCUUUAAUACAAGAUACUUGUUCAAUAUUUCUUGUAAAGAGAAGACAGCACUUUGUUCUGCUUCAGACCAGAUGGAAGCUUGAAAUUUUUCUAGUUCUAGUUUUUUAGCUAAAAAAUAUUGCAUAUUAAUCUGUCUUUAAUAAAGCAUUAUGAAAUUGUGAUACUUUUGUAUGGAAGGUAUCUAACUCAUGCUCUAAAGGUAGCGUGGGAUCUUAAAAUAUGUAAGCUUACUGCAAUGCCAAUGGUAAGUCUUCUGUUCAUAAUUCUGUAUAGCCUGGCCUUUGGGGCAUAAAUGAUGACAUGUACAAUUAUAUUUGAAUUUUUGCUACCCACA